AUGAUGGGGCGUCGGGUGUAUCUGAAGAACGUCGACUGCGGAAUGCCAGACUUUGGCGUAAUUGACUCUGGACAUAAUUUUAAACGGAUAUCGCGUGCUGGUGUCCAUACCGCUUUACACGAUCUGGGUCCAUGGAACAUCGGAUACCGCUCCCAGUCCUACGUGUACAUCACGCCAAAGUACCUGCGCACCUACCUCAACUGGCUGUGGAACACGUUCCGCUACCCGAUCGUCCUCACCGAGUUUGGUUUCCCCGAGUUCGGCGAGUCUACGAAGAAGGACCUCUCCGACCAGCUCUUCGACUCUUUGGAUUUGGCAUGA